CUUCUUUCCUUUCCUUGUCCUCUUGCUUCUUGUCCUCUUUCUUCCUUUCCUUGUCCUCUUUUCCUUUCCCCACUUUCUUAUCUGCUCUCUUUUAAUCUUCUCCUUGUUUCCUCUGUUGGUCACUGGGUGGCGCUCUAAUGCAGCUUUAAUAUAAAUAUAAAUAUCCAGAUAGAAGUAAUUAAAAAAAUAGGAAAUCUAUAAAUAUUAUGUAAUAUAUAAUAUAAUAAAGUCCUUACAUAAUGUAAGUACAUUUUGACAUGUUAUUAACUGAUUAAUUAUAUAAUAUUAUAAAAUAUUUUCAUUGAAAAGAAGAAAUUAAUUUUAUUUUUUUUACUAAAUCCACCUGAUAAAGUAAUAAAAGGUAAAUGUGACGGAAUUAAAAUGGUUUUAAAGGAAACACUGUUUAUUUUAACCAAAGUGGAAGUAAAGUGGGCGAACGGCUGAAUUUAAUAUAUUUAAUAUACAACCGGAAACAGAACCAAAACCAACGGCGCUGUCAAGGUAACCUGAGUGAAAUCGGAAGUGAUGUAGUCUGGUCUUCAAAUUAAAAGCUUUGUGAAAAUGUCAAAAUAGGUUCAAAUAAAUUCAAAUGCAAGAAAAUAAAACAGAAGCAUAUUCUGUCGUGCUAUUAAAAUCUGCAGGUCACAUGGUGGUUCGUUCAAAUAUAAAUAUCAAAACUAUUUUAAUUGAUUAUUGUCAGGUUUUAUAUAUUUAAUAUUUUCACUUUUUGUCUGGUACAUGUAAAAGUUCUGGGGAAAAGUACAAAUACACACAGGUGGUACAUUUGUCAUGUAUAAUUUAAUCUGUAAACAUGCUUUUCAAGUUUAAUAAUUUACAUUUAUAUUUUCUAUAAGGUCUAUGUGUGGCCCUGCGAUGGCCUGGCGACCUGUCCAGGGUGGACCACGCCUUUCUCCCGAUGUCAGCUGGGAUUGGCUCCAGCCCCCCGCGACCCUGUACGCAGGAUAAGCUGUUGAUGACGGAUGGAUGGAUUUUCUGCAAGACUUAACAGUCUUUUAUACAUAAAAAAUAUACAUUACAUAUAUACAUAAAUACUUUUUGUACAGUGAAAUGAUAAAUACAUAAAUACAUGGCAGCAAGUAAUGAUUGUUUUCGCUAUUCAUUAAUAUGCAGAUGAUUUUCUGGACUAAUCAAUAUAUAAUGUGAAGCACAAAGCGACGUCUUGAAAUUAUUUGUAAUAGUUUCCAAGACUCUCGACUGUUUUCAGGUUGUUUUGUAAGUAAUUAUCAUAUGUUAGAAAGUAAAAGAGGUGAAAAUUGUUUAACUUUCGACUGAUCGACUACUUUAUUGACUAAUCAGUUCAGCUGUAAACAUAUAUAAAAUAAGUGUUGAGGUUUAAAUCUGUUUUUAUACAGAUUUAUAUUCAGGAUUCUUGAAACAGGAAACACAUACUAGAAACUUAUCUUUUACAUAAACAUGAAUAACCGACAAAAAAAAAAACAUGUUCAAAUUCCUAUUGUUUUUUUGUGCUUUUAUUGUGUAAACAUUUACCGGAAGCUCCGGUCGUUUCGGACUGCGGCUGCCUUGACGGAUGUUGCGUCACUGCUGCUUUUAAAGCAGGCAGAGUCAAACCCGAUCCGAGCGGAGCCAGGCCAGAAACCCCGGACCCUAUGGAUCGCAUCAGAACCUGAAGCCAGGACUACAUCCUGGAUUAAAGUCCUCGAUUCAACUCGGAAACUCCCGGGACGAAACGCGGAUUACAGCCCGAGUGUCGGGACGUUUAAACCGGAGUGAAGACGCUUCAGUUACCCGGCCUCCACUUCCAAAAUGGCCGACGCCGAGGUCUCCCUGUCCCCGGCUCUGCUGCCGCUCCACCUUAGCCCCUCCCACUCAGCCCCACCCGCUCCACCUGCCUCCUCCUCCUCCCCCACCACCUUCUCCUGCCCCUCCUCCCCCUCCAGCGCCUCCUCUUCCUCCUCGUCUUCAUCCUCCUCCUCUUGUUCUGAGAGCUCCUCUGACUGCCCUGCCCACCAUCACCACCAUCAUCACCACCACCACCACCCCCGUCCCCAGCUGCAGCUGCCCCCGCCCCCCCUCAGCGAGCAGCCGUCCUCCCCCAGCGCCAGCCCCCGCAGCUCCAGCCCCAGCGGGAGCAUCGGCAGCACCGGCAGCCUCGGCAGCAGCAGCAGCGCCAGCGAAGGCAUCGGCAGCAGCGGCACGUCGAGCGGCGGCGACCCGCGGGGGCCCAGCCCCCCUCUGGAUGUCAUCUCGGAGGACGCCAUGGAGAUGGAUCUGGGGGUCGACCAAGUCAUCGACCCGGAAGUGGCUCUGAAGGCUUGCCAGGAAGUUCUCCUCAAGGUCAAGCUGCAGAACAAGGAAGCGCCUGAACAACAACAACAACAACAACAACAACAACAACAACACUACACAGACGUAACAGAGUGCUCCAGCCCACAGUGGCACAUCAGCCCGGACACCAGCUCCAUCAAAGAAGAAGACGAGGACGAGGAGGCUAGUUCUAGGAAGGAUGGGGAAAAACAAGGCACUUCCCAGCGAGACCCACCUCCUUCUGCCCAGCAGGGGUCGUCUUUACUGCCGGCGGCGGCGGCGGCUUCGUCGUCAUCGUCUAAACAGUCGUGGCUGCUGCGCCUCUUCGAGUCCAAGCUGUUUGACGUUUCGAUGGCGAUCUCCUACCUGUACAAGUCCAAGGAGCCGGGGGUGCAGGCGUACAUCGGGAACCGCCUCUUCAGUUUCCCCGACAGCGAGGUGGACUUCUACCUGCCGCAGCUGCUCAACAUGUACGUGCACAUGGACACCGAGGUGGGAGACGCCAUCAGACCGUACCUGAUCCACCGCUGCAGAGGAAGUAUAACCUUCUCGCUGCUGACGGCUUGGCUGCUGGGCGCUUACUCCUCCGACAUGCACAUCUCCACGCAGCGUCAUUCCAGAGGCUCCAAACUCCGAAAGCUCAUCCUGUCCGACGAACUCAAACCUUCUGCGCCGCCUUCCGACGCUCCCGAAGCAGCUUCGGCGUCCGUGUCCGACGGCCCGGCGUCCUCGCCGUCCCACCGCCGCUGUCACCGGAGGCACAACAGCAGCAACACGGAGUCCCCCCCCUCCUUCUCCACGGCCGGACCCGCCCCGGAGAGCCCCGUACAGGGGGAGGAGGAGGUGUUUGUCUCUCCGUCCAGGAGGACCCACCAGAGAUCCAAGUCGGACGCCACCAUGGCGAGCAGCGGACCCGGCUCCGGCCUCCGACGGACGGGGAGUAACCCCAAAGUGGAAGCUGUCCACGAGGAGCCGGACCGUCUGCGUCCUCAGAGGGAGUUCGUGAAGUCCCUGCUCUGCAUCGGGAAGCGUUUGGCCACGCUGCCCACCAAAGAGCAGAAGACCCAGCGGCUGAUCUCAGAGCUAUCACUGCUCAACCACAAGCUGCCGGCCCGGGUCUGGCUGCCCACCGCCGAACACCAGCACCACGUCUGCAGGAUCCCCCACACCCAGGCCGUGGUGCUCAACUCCAAAGACAAGGCUCCGUACAUCAUCUACGUGGAGGUGUUGGAGUGCGAGAGCUUCGAGACGUCUCCUCUUCCCGUCCGGAUCCCGGAGACGAGGAUCCGCUCGGCUCGUUCUGCGGAGAACCUGGACUGUGGCGGUGGCGUCACCGCGGCUAACGCUAACGGCGGGAUGACAUCAGAGCACCGAGCAGGAAGUUUCUCCACCGUUCCGAACUACGACAACGACGACGAGGCGUGGGCCACCGACGACAUCGGGCAGCUGCAGGUGGAGGGGGAGGCUCAGACCAGCAGCAGCGAUAACAUCAGUCAGUUUUCAGUCGACAGCAUCACGAGUCUGGAGAGCAAAGAGCCGGUUUUCAUCGCCGCCGGAGACAUCAGACGCCGUCUAUCGGAGAACCUCGCUCACACUCCGACCUCGUUCCGGAGAGACCCCGAGGACCCGUCGGCCGUCGCCCUCAAAGAGCCCUGGGAGGAGAAAGUCAGGCGGAUCAGAGAAGCCUCUCCGUACGGUCACCUGCUGAACUGGAGGCUGCUGUCCGUCAUCGUGAAGUGUGGAGACGACCUGAGGCAGGAGCUGCUGGCCUAUCAGGUCCUCCGGCAGCUGCAGUCCAUCUGGCAGCAGGAGAGAGUUCCUCUGUGGAUCAAACCCUACAAGAUCCUGGUGAUGUCAUCCGACAGCGGCAUGAUCGAACCCGUCCUCAACGCCGUCUCUCUCCACCAGGUGCGUAAACAGAGUCAGUUGUCUCUGCUCGACUACUUCCUGCAGGAACACGGCAGCUUCACCACCGAAGCUUUCCUCACCGCCCAGAGGAACUUCGUCCAGAGCUGUGCCGGAUACAGCCUCAUCUGUUACCUGCUGCAGGUGAAAGACAGACACAACGGGAACAUCCUGCUGGACUCUGAAGGUCACAUCAUCCACAUCGACUUCGGCUUCAUCCUCUCCAGCUCUCCUCGUAACCUCGGCUUCGAGACGUCCGCCUUCAAACUCACGUCGGAGUUCGUGGACGUGAUGGGCGGUCUGGACGGCGACAUGUUCAUCUACUAUAAGAUGUUGAUGCUUCAGGGUCUGAUCGCCGCCAGGAAACACAUGGAGAAGGUGCUGCAGAUAGUGGAGAUCAUGCAGCAAGGUUCCCACCUGCCCUGCUUUCACGGCUCCAGCACCAUCCGUGGCCUGAAGGAGCGUUUCCACAUGUCUCUGACGGAGGAGCAGCUGCAGCUGCUGGUGGAGCAGCUGGUGGACGGAUCCAUGCGCUCCAUCACCACCAAACUCUACGACUCUUUCCAGUACGUCACCAAUGGAAUCAUGUGACCGCGGACACGCCGCUACACCUCCUGCAGACUCUUGAUGUUUCAACUUUUACUAGCUGCUUUUGUUUGGGUUCAGCAAAGAGAAGGUGGCGCUGAAGGAAUUUAUUGGAUUCGAGUUUCUUGUUAACCUCCGCUGUGUUCAUCGCACCUGGCUCUGAAGUUUCUAACAGGUUCGUUUUGAAUCUGAGGAUCAGCUGAUAAAAUUUUAGGUGAUCUCAAGAUUUGUUUCGCUGCGUUCAAGGGCAGCUGGGAAAGUAUCGUUCGGAUAUUUUCAAGGUCGGUUUUUACAUCCUGAGAAAAAUCGUACGUGGAAGAGGAACACUAAAUGGGCUGGAAGCAUCCGAAUUCAGAUUCCAGGUUUAUCCUGUUGCUGCCCGAGACAAAUUUAUUAAACAAACUCUUAAACUGCUGUUGGAUUCUGCUGGAUUUUACUCUGAACCAGCACACAGUGUUCGGAUAACAAACGGGAGGAAACAUUGAAGCUGAGUGUUUGUAGUGUUUUGGAUCAGGACAAAAACAUCUGAAUCUGUCACUUAAGUUUCUUAAGAAAUGACGUCUAUAAAAAGUGAAUAAGGAAAAGGAGCUUGUCCCUAAUAUUCAAUUUGUAGUUUCAUGUCGGCCAUUAAACCUCAGCAGCAGUUCGUUCCAGCUGAUCCUCUCGUGCUUCAUAUCAGAAAGAUUUGAAAUCCAAAAUAUCAACGCGACAAACACCAGCAGGACAUCUGCAGCUUCUCGUCAUGAAGAAACUGUGCGACAGUCGGUUCUGUAUGUUUGGUUGUUCUUAAAGAACAGAACAUUGAGAAAAACACUAUGUGGAGGAAGCACAACAUGUUUUCGUUGCUCUCUGGAUGUUCAGAGAAAGACGGUUUAAAAAAGAAAGAGACAUCACUCUUUAGUUUGAAAUGGUGGAGACCAGUUUAUCUUCCAACAGAAUUUCUUGACAUGUUGAGUUUUGAUUGUUUUCACCAGACAGUUAUCACUACUGGGUCUAAAACAUCAGAAAAGAAAUCAUUUGUUUAUCCAGGAAGCUCAUUCCAGCGUUCUUCACGUCUCGCUGCUCUAAGGAAGUGAAAUAUUUAGAAAAUAUUGGAUCGACAAGUUUAUCACAAGAAACCAAUGACUGAAUCCCUGUUAGCUUCAGCUAAGUAUUAGCAUGUCAACUUGCUAACUGUGAGCAUGCACGCUAACGGCUCUCCAGGCUGCAUGUGAGCUGAGGCGCUCGUCAACAUUCGUGUGACUUUGUUUUUUUAAUACUUGUACAAACAUACAUCCUUUUCUUUUUUGGAUCAGCUGAUUAACUUGUUCGAUGCCCAGUUGUUGUGAUUUUGAACGUCUUUUUGAACACAACUAUAAUUCCAGCCAACGAGUUAGAUAUCUUUUGAUAAACAUCCGUAACGUUAGCAUGUCGUCAUUGUUGUUUUUGAAUCCAAAAACAAACUGUAACCCAGUUUUUAGUACAUAAACUGUCAACAGUGACAAACGCGUUGUUUUAAUGUAAAACUAAGAUUUAUUGGACCUAUAAAUCACUAUUUUAAGAAGAUAUAAUUGUAAAGGUUUAAUGCCUUCCUAAAUAUUCGGAGACUUUGUGAAAUCAUUAAUCGUCCUAACAUCCUGAUUUUAAAACAGAACUACAAACUAAACAAACGUGACGAGCGUCUGGUGAAUAAACAAUGUCAACUCCCCACUUUAUUUAAUCAGCAUGUUUGUCACUGAAUAAUUUUAAUGUCCUAUGUUUUGUAGUUUUAGUUUUAAGAAGGGUCCGUGGGGAAUUUCAGAAGAUAUUUUGUGUAAUUUCUUUUCGUCAACACACACCGUACACAACAUGUUAAAGAUGCUAAUGAUAACGAAACUCCACAGCGUUGAGUUAAAACAUAUUUACAUGAAUGCAUAAUAACAGGCGGGUUCAGAUUGACACUCCACUUUACUUUCCUUCGUUUUUGAGCCAAAAUGGCCACCGAGCGGUGAAACGAUUCGUCAGCGUCAACAUUUUUAUGCAAGAACCUCAUUAUCCAUGUUCCACUAACUGUACAUCUGUGUAUAAUUCUGAAUUCAUGUUAUGUGUCCUUUAACAAUACAGUCUAUUUGCAUAUUUAACAAAUUCUCUUCCUUCCUGAUUGGCCCCAAGAUGCAUUCCCUUGAUUAACUCUGGCCAAUCAGGAGAGGCGGCUCUGUGGAUUGGCUGAAUGAGAGCGAGGGACUGUAUUUCUGUGUUUGACAGAAAGUUUACUUUUCUUCAUGAGGAGAUCAGUGAUAAUCAGUUUUCUGAAUAUGUGAAUGUUUUUUUUUUACAAUACCAGCCCACUAAAAUAUUUUUUCCCCUCAGAUGUUCUCUCAGCAUUGACAAACACUUUUAUAAUGAUGUUAUAACUAAUGCUGUAACACUUACAUGGCUUUAUUCCAGAGUAUCACACCGGUGUAUGAGCAUAUUGUUUGGACAUAAGAAAUACUGAGUUUGUCUUUGAGCAACCCGUUCUCACUCCUAAGUCAUCACAUACAGACGCAUGGACAACACCCUUUGGCGUCAGUUUGUAACGUACUGGGGGAAACCUUGCAGCAUCAGUUUUGAACACUAAAGGCGAGUGAAGAAUAUUUAACAUAAAAGUCAGAGUAAGGAGGUGGUUGAGGUGGAAGGAGGGCCAGAAACUAGACUUUUAACCAGGAGACCGGUAAUGUUCUUUAUUAUUUUAAUCCAAACCCUGAUCUCUUACUAAACCUUAACUACUUACUUCACGACGUUUCGCAAUGUUGACAAAUACUCUUAUUUUGAAGGUUAACCAGACGUUGCAUGUUUAGUUGUUAACUUGACUGCCCUAAAAUGUAAAAAAAAUAAAUAAACGAUGCUAAAGGGUACCCAUGGUGUUAAAAGGUGACGCCAACGGGUCUUGGCAAAGCGUCUAUAAUGUGAAGAGUUGAGAGUGACAUUAAGUAUGUCUUAAAAUACUUAGUUUUUAGACGAUUUAAGAUAGAUUAGAAAACUAGCUAACUAAUGUCGCAGACGCCAACAUUAGCUUGUGCUACCAGAACUGUUAGCUAUUUUGCUAGAAAACAGUUUGUUCAGGUCUGUAACUACCUGCUCGUUCUUCUACUGUAAGUUAGCUAGCCGAGAUAUUAGCUAGUCAAUGCUCUUGUACCCUACGUUUAUAACUACAGUUGUAUUUAUGGUGGUAGAAUGACCAAAAAUGUAUAAAGCUGUCUAACUAACAAUUAACUCAUUUUUAACUAGCUAAGUAGGCUGCUGUCUUUCACAGUUAAUGACUCAUUAACUGCACUUAUCUGCUCACAUUUGUAUAAAAAUAAAAUACCGCUAGUGUUGAAAUGAUUUAUGGUUGACAGACAGCAGAACAUUACUCACACCUGGCUAGACACCAUUCCAGCUAAGCCAUGUCAUGCUAAUGGCUAACAAACAACAGCAGAUGUGGAAUUUUGAUUAAAACAGGUUCUCACUUAAAUGUGUGGCUUUUUACCAUUCGAAAUAGCUGCUUUCUUUUCCUGAAUGUUCAUGUUUCAUUUCAGAAAAGUGUAUUUAUUUUUUGAUAGUGUUAAGUUAAGUCAGUCUAUUUCAAGCCAGGUGGCCUGUCUUCACUUUGAGACACCAGAGCUAACUAGCUACCUCACUGUUCAAGAGCAGAGACUACGUACACACUGCAGUGAUAAAAUGUAUUAUUUCAUCAUCUGCUUGUCAUGUAAAGACUGUUUUCAUUGCUACAAAGUCAUUGUAAAUCAAUAUUUCCAGGCUGCUGUUUCUUGUUAGCCAUUAGCUUGUCAACGACUCAUCUAAAAUCAUGGCUAGCUUGUUUUAUUUUUCCUCUUCCUUCUCCUUUUUUCGUCUGUUGAACAUCAUUGUGUUUUAGACAUAUAGGCUGUGUCAAGUAAUGUUUAAAUCAAAGUCAAUAUGUCAUUAACUGCAAGAGUCGGUUAGUAGAAGUGCUAAAGCUUACAGCUAACAAACACCAAGAGCCGUGACAAGCUAGGUAGCUAGCUAGUUAGUGACAGACAUGAACACAACACAGACUGUAUAUAAAGAUGGACGACAUGACCGCUCCCUAAAGGUGAAGCCAAAACAUCUCAGAGAGCCUAAGUCUGUCUGUUCCGCCCUAUGUGACCUUAUUUCGGGAAAAUAACGAACGGUAAUCAACGGCAAGAGACAACUAAUGUUUAGAUCGUGUUUGAAUUGUCUCCUGAAUUACACACAAGAUGUUUGUCGGUUGAAAAGAUAGUUACGGCCAUGAAAGUCGCAGUUUGUUGUUAAACAGUAAAGUAACAUUUAGUUUUGUGGGAAACCGCUAAAUUAACUAGAUCUCUCGCCUCACAUUAUAUGUCACCAACAUGUUAGCGCUGUAAUACUAAGCUAACGUUUACUGCUUGCUACUAGCAAGGUAAUUUAGCUAUAUUCCACGCACAGAUGUAUCUCGCCUGAUGUGUUUAAUCCAACCACUCCUGGUCCUUUCAUCACAUCAUCUACACAUAGAAGCCAGUGACGUUAGCUUCAGUGACGUUAGCUUCAGUGACGUUAGCUUCAGUGACGUUUUUCUGUCAUAUGGGACUUUUGGGUUUGUGGUUUGUGUAAUUACAUAUUUUCAGUCUUACACUUCUACAGUUUUACAAUAAAAUGUGACUUUCUUGACUUAAAUUCUUUUAAAGUGACAAACGGGAUUAAAACUGUUGUCUCUUGCCUUAAAUAUUUUUUGCAGAAAUAGAGCGCCUAAGGCAAAAAUAUGUAAGGUAGUCAACAGCGAGAGACAACUAAAAGCUUGAUUUAUACUCCUGCGUAGGGUCUACAUGCGUAGCUACGCUGUAGGCUACGCAUGUAGCCGUGCAUUUAUACUUGUGCGUCGAUGUCUCCGUCGUUCUGCAAUUACACCGCCAAACGCUUGUUGUCGGUAGAGCUACAGCGUCCACUGUGUUGACUUUUGCCAGCCGAGCAGGCUAACUUCGGGGGCUACACAGAGGUUAGAAACAUCUGUGCAUAGAACAUAACAUAGGCUACCUAGCUAAUGGCAACCAAGCAUUUAACGUUAGCUUAGCAUUACAGCACUAACAUGUUGGGGGACUUACAUUGUAUGAAAGAUGAAGUUCAGGCUUCACAGUUUUACUACAAACUGACUUUCUUGCCUUAAAUUAUAUUUUAAACUAACAAACAUCAUGUGUGUAAUUCAGAACACAAUUCAAUGCGAUCAACAAAUUUGUUGUCUCUCAUAGUUGACUACCGUAUGUAUUUUUUUCUGAAAUAACAUACCAGCAAAAGAUCACAGCGCACGUACCCAGGAUUUUGUACAGUGGCAGGAAGUGGAGACACGGCAUCCAUCUUUAUAUCCAGUCUGUUGAACACAGUAAAAGCUAGUUAGCUUUUUCUACCAUAAUUUGAGUUUAACUUUGUUUAUUUUUUAAUCACAGUUUUCUUUUAUAUUCUUGUAUAUUAAUACAUCGGGUAGUGAUCUCAUAACCAGCUGUUUUCCGUUUGCAGCCUGGUGGAAAUUAUAUAAUUGUAAAGAUGCUAUAAAAGCUUCUCACUGGAAUAAAGCCAAUGUUUGGGGUUACUGUCGUACUAUUAACAUCUGUACAGUUGUUCUCUGAGGUGUUUUGUGUUUUGACCACUAUUGAAGGAGAAGCACAGAUCUGUUAUUGUAAGAGCUGCCUCAUGUUACCGUCUGCUAACUGUUAGCCUGCUACUUUAUACGCUUGACAAAGAUGCAGCUGUGACUAAAGUUUACCAGAUAAGCAACUUAAAUAGCAAAUACUCUCUUGUUUCUUUCAUUUGUGAAUAUGUAUGUAUGUAAAUGAACUGAUGUUAGUUUUCCUGUGAGAAAAAUAAGAUGCCUUGAGAUGUACAGAAGGUACAAACUCUUAUCAAUGCAAUAGGAGGGACAAAGGAUCUCUGACCUGAGAAGUGCUUUUAUAUCAGACGUUUGACGGCUACACGGACGAGUUCUAACACCUAAGAGUAUUCCUCUCCUACAUCAGUCCAGACGGGAAAAAUAUCUUUAUAUUUACAAGUUAUUCUAGUCACUUUUUCAUAAUAAAAAAACAUUUGAUAGUUAAAUUGACCGGUGUUUUUUAAAGGUGUCAGCAACCCUUGAAAUUUCUUUGUUUCCCCACUGUAAGCUACUACAAUCAUUGUUUUUCUGAGUGGAGUCUGGAGAGGAAAACACUGCAGCCUGUUAAAACUCGUCCCUGCUACUAAAAACCUUUCAUUGCCUUCUUUCUUCCAUCAGCUCGAACACAUUCAAGAAAUUCAAUGUGAAAAAAAAGUGCAUUUAUCCUGAAUUGUCAGUUUGUAAAAAGAUUCCUUGUUGUUUUUAACUUUUAGUUGCUACUAAACGUGUAACACUAAAUCCAUUAAAAGCAGUUUGGAGGUUUGAUUUUAAUCGAGGCGUUUUGUGAGUUUCUGUUGAAAUCAAGCAGAACAACAAGAGGCUUUAUGCUGACUUGGCUUCAGUGAGAAAUGCUAACGUCAUGUGUGAUAAACUGACAGCUUAUUUUUCAGUGGGUGAAGAAACAGCAUCAUCUCAUAACGAUGCAGGAGGAGCUGACAAAUAUAUAAUAAUAAAUAAUUUAUAUCUGAUCGGGGAAUAAGUGCAACAACUUCAUAAAUGUAUUAUUUAUUUAUGUAGUUAUAAAAAUAAUAAAUGUAUCUCUGAUGGGAGGAAAAGUGCAGCAACUUUAUGAAUUUAUUGUUCAUUAUAUUUUUUAUUUAUUACUAUUAUUAUAAAGCUAAAUAAUAAUAAAAUAAAAAUAAAAUAAUUAUUAAUAAAUAAAUGUAUUUAUCUGAUUGGGGAAAAGUAGAACAUUUUAGCAUUAUUUAUUAUUAUAAAAAUAAUAAAUUAAAAUAAUUAAAAUGAUAAAUAAACUAAUUUAUCUAAAAAAAAAAGUGAAGCAACAAACCUCAGAAUCAUGACAUAAUUUCCUUUUUACAUCGCUGAGAUUCAGAUCUCGCAAGCUGUAAUUGACAUUUCUCUUCAUGUAAUUAUGAAAUAUCUCAUGAUGAUUUCUCAUAAUGAAUAAAUUACAAAAAAUUUUAUAUUUAUCUUGUAAUUAAAUAAUAAUAAUAAAGAUGUAAUAAUUACAAUUAUUCGGUGAAAACAUUUCUCCUGCUAAUAGAAACUACAAAAACUUUAUUGUCAUUAGGUUAAUUUGGGUUUGGUGUGUGACGCCCUCUCCAUCCAUGUGUUGUUUCUAAUCUCCAGGUGAUUUGGUCAAAUGAAUUAGUGAACAAGAUGUCACUUAACUUAAUGUGUGCAGCUCCUCCUCCUCCUCCUCACACAGACCAGAAUGGAAAUCUGCUCCUUUAAAAAGGGAAAAGCAGAAACAUGACUUCGCCUUGUUGACACUCUUUGGUUUCAGAUAUCAGAUCAGUGGAAGCACACAGCUGGUUUUGUUGUUGUUUGUGUCUUUGCAGACGUUUUCAAUCAUGUACAGAACCAGAACACACGCCCUACGUCACAUGUCCUCACUAAACUGCAUGGAAACGCAUCAAUAAACAAUGAAAAAA